AUGGAACUUGCAUGGUGUCUUACAAAAAGAUGCAUUUAUGCGUUAACCACCAAGGUACCUUGUGCCUGCUCCACUUCCAAAGCAACUGACAAACUAAUCCAGCAACUGGCAAAGGAUUUUGCUGUCAAAGACCAUGGCACACUCCAUUAUUUUCUAGGUAUUAAAGCUACUACUAGCAAAGAUGACUUAGUGCUCACUCAGAGAAAAUACAUCUAUGAUUUGCUACAAAAGACCAAGAUGACAAAUUGCAAACCAGCUUCAACUCCUAUAUCAAGUACAGAUAAGUUGUCCAAGACUCAAGGAUCACCUUUCUCUGAAAUUGCCAUUCGCUUCACAUAUUGGGGAGUUGUUAAACGGAUACUUCAAUAUAUUAAGGCAACCUUCUCACAUGGCCUCUUUAUUCAAAAGUCAAGCUCUAGGCUUCUCACUGCCUUUUCUGAUGUUGAUUGGGUCGGGUGUCCUGAUGAUCAUCACUCUACUAGUGGUUUUGUAGUCUAUCUUGGUCCAAACUUGAUAUCAUGGAGUUAUAGCAAGCAUCCAACAAUUUCUCGCUCAAAUAUAGAAGCUGAGUGCAAAGUACUUGCAAAUACUACUGCUAAAUUUGUAUAG